GGGGCGGGGAGAGGUGGGGAGCGAUGCUUGUCUGUGAGCCGCGGCUGGGGCUGGCAGAGCGGCCUGGAGGCGGGCCAGGGCGCCGUGGAGACAGGGGGCUCCCCAGGUUUGGAACAAAGACCUCACAUGCAGGUCCCCUGAGCCUGGGCCAGCAGGAUGGUGGUGGAGCCUGAGAGAGGCCACAAGCAGGAUGGCUGGUGCUGAGACGGGCAGUGGGGACUUUGGUGCCCAUAGGGGCAGCUCCACCUCCUGAAGAUGAAGGGGCCCAGGUGAAACGCAGGCCAGGCCCAAUGGCCAGCUCUGGAACAGAGGUCCAGUGGGUCGAGCUGGGCCUGGGGAAGGGGCCCCAGCGGCGGCGCUGGGCCUGGGCUGAAAAUGGAAAGGAUGCUGAUGGGAGGGGCACACGCAGCUCAGAAGACGAGGGGCCCUUUCCCACUGCCACCAGCCCCGAGCUCCUGGAGGACUUCCGCCGGGCCCAGCAGUGCCUGCAGCCACUGAAGUGGGGCCCAGACUCACAGCCUGCCGGGUGCCAGGAUCCCGAAUCUGGAGAGUCUGCAGAAGCGGAGUCUGAAGAAGAGGAUGAGGACAGCCCAGAAAGUUCCAACUUGCCUCUUAGUUGGCUCCCCCAGCAGAAUCCUCAAAUGGACAUGGCCAGAGAGGAGCCCAGUGAGGCUCUGCAAGGUCCUGAGGUCCAGGAAGCUGGAGAGAGCUCCCCGAGGUUGGGGUAUGAGACCUAUCUCAGCUCAGGGGGCCAUGGGAACACCAGCCCCACCGCUCUGGACUGGGGUCAAUCCGCAGGCUGGGUGGCUUCUAGCAAACAAGCCAGUGGAGACAAACUUCCAGAACAUUCUGAGGUCAACCCAACUGUUGACUUCAGUUCGCCCAGGUCCUGGAGCAGUGGGACUGUGAGCCUCAACCACCCCAGUGACAACCUGGAUUCUACCUGGGAAGGAGAGACUGAUGUCCCCCAGCCCGCUGCCCUGGCAGAAACUUCAGCCCAGAGCCCCAGGCACCACCUCCUCAACCCAAAUGAUAGAACUGAAGGAAGCGUUGCUCUGGCAACACCCACAGAAUUCCAGGGAUCCUCAGCACCACCCACCCAGAGCCUCCAGUGUCCUGCAGAUCGAUGGAGGAGACAGCCCGGGGACCAGUCCUGGAAGCAGACACGGAUAUCACCUAAGCCUCUCCCUUCCCGAUUCACCGGCUCCAUCAGCCCUCUCAAUCCCUCACCUAGGCCAGCUCGGCAAGAGAGGCCACCCCCCAGACUGGGAGCCACUCUGGCUGGCCACUCAUCUUCUGAUGCCCCCAAGUACGGCCGGGGGCGGCUGAACUACCCACUCCCUGAUUUCUCCAAGGUGGGACCCCGGGUGAAGUUCCCCAAAGAUGAGAGCUACCGGCCCCCCAAGGCCCGGAGCCACAGCAGGCUGCCUGAAGGCCCUGCCAAGCCACUGAUCUUCAAGUCUCCUGCCGAGAUUGUGCGGGAGGUGCUGCUGAGCAGCGGAGAUGUCUGCCCCGGAAAGAACCCACCUCCUACCCACCCCAUAACCAGCGUGCCCCAAGAAUUUCAGACACCUGAGCAAGCCACCAAGCUUGUCCAUCAGCUCCAGGAGGACUACCACAAGCUCCUCACCAAGUACGCCGAGGCCGAGAACACCAUCGACCAGCUGCGCCUCGGGGCCAAGGUGAACCUCUACUCGGACCCGCCCCGGCCCAGCCACAGCAUCCACGUGGGGACGAUGCCCCAGGGGACCAAGGUCUUGUCCUUCACCAUCCCACAGCCCCACUCUGUGAAGCGGUAUGUGGGCCCCGCCGAGGGCCCGCAGGCCUCUGAGGCUCCAGGGUCGCCAUCAGCUGGAGGAGACCUGAGCCCUUCCUCACCCCCCAGUAUGCCCACCCUAGGGUGGCUUCAGGAGGACGCAGGGGGCAUUGCCCAGGACCAGCCCUCAGCGGAGCGGGCCCGGGAGCUGGCUUCUCAGGCCAGCUGGUUCCUGACCAGGGUGGAGUCCUUUAUAGAGCUGAUACACGCAGGACGGCUGACACCCCGGGACCAACUCAAGGUCUUCCAGCAGCUAAAGGCUGCCCACGCGGCCCUGGAGGAGGAGUACCUGAAGGCCUGCAGGGAGUGGCACCUGUCCCAGCAGCCUGCUGGCUCCAAGGGGACACCCAGGAGAUUUGAUCCUAACAGGGAGCUGGAGGCAGAGAUAUUCCAGCUGGGAAUUCGCCUGGAUGAGCUGAAGGACCUCAUGGACCACAACGAGCAGCAGCCUGGGCGAGUCGGGUCAGACUUGGCUUCAGACAGCCCCCCAGCCACGCCCUCCCCCCACCAGCCAACAGACCUGCCCUCUCCUUUGGAACAAACCUGCAUGUCGGGCAUCCAGACCCUCGGCCCUGAGCCUGACGCCACCAGCACUGGCCCCCAUGUGAACUCGGAUCUGAGCGCUCCCAACAAUGAGGCAGAGGACGGGCCACUGGGCCUCCCGGCCCCGCUCAGGCACAAGGAGCUACGGGUGGAGCAAGAUUUCCACGGCCUGCUGGAGCGGUACCUCAGUGUGAAGUCCCUUCCAGAAGCCCUGAGGAUGGAGGAGGAGGAGGAUGAGGAGACGGAGGGCCAGGACCACACCCUGGGUUUUGACAGGCUGGCUCCAGCUCCAGCAAAAGCAGUGGCCUCGAGGCUCCCCACCAGGCAGCCCCCGGUGCAGGCUGAGAGAAGUCACGGGGUUCUCCUCGAGGAGACCGUGGAGCCGAUGGCGUCUGUGAAGCCAGCAGACGUUGGUGCAUCCAUGACCAGAGAUGGGCACCUGCGGGGUCUGGGCGAAGCCGAGGACGCCCCUCCCCGCCCCAGCAGGCCCCCCGAUCCUCGGGGCCCCAAGUCCGCAACAUCCCACCAGAGCAGUCUGGCCAGCCUCGAGGGAAGUGGCAUCUCUGAGCGCCUCCCACCAAAGUCUCUGCGCCAGGCCGGCGGGCCCCCGCUGGAGGAGCCCUGGAUGGCAUCCCCAGAGACAGACAGUGGCUUCGUGGGCUCAGAAACGAGCAGAGUGUCGCCCCUCACUCAGACCCCAGAGCACCGGCUCUCCCAGAUCAGCACCCCAGGGAUGUCAGCCCAGUCCUUCACUCUGCCUGUACCCCAAGAUGCAGCCCCCCACCGCCAGACCAGGGGUCUUCCAGUCCCCAGAAGAACCUCCGAGCCCAGCAGAUCCAGGAGCCAAGCCCAGAGGCCCCCGUCUGGCCAGGACAGUCCUCUCCAGCAGAGGACGCCCAGCUUCUGCGUGGAGCGGGCACUGGCAUCUGAGAUAGCGGUCCCGGGCUCAGAGUUUAAGCGGCGAAAGCGGAUUUCUGAACAGAUCCUCCCCGGCGCGACAAUCAGCCCACCUCCCACCCCUGCCCCUGUGGCUGCCACUCCACCCCGUGGACCCGCAGAGAUCACCUCCACCUUCCUCCUCACCAGGACAGGGCGCGACCAGGCCAUCCGGGAGCUACAGGAUGAGGUCUCUCGGCUCCGUCUGAGGCUGGAGGACAGCCUCCACCAGCACCCCCAGGGCCACCCCAUGCGCUCAGCGUCCAGCUGCGACCGGCCCACCCGGACCCGGGAGCGGUCAGGGGAUUCUUCAGCCGCUUGGAGCUCCCAUUACGGCAGCAGAUCCACGGAGAGGUUGUCUGGUGAGCCUGGGGGUGCAGAGCAAGCUGUCCCUACGGGAAGACGGCGAGCCAGGUCCUCCUCGGUGCCUCGGGAGGAGCCUCGAUUGUCCCUGAGUUCCGAAUCUGAGCCGGCCUCCCCCAGGCUGUUCUCUGAGAGGGGCAGGACCACCGAGAACAGUCCGCAGGCCGCUCGGGAUGGAACAAAAGGAGUGAGUAGCACCGGACGGCCCGGCAGGGUCACCUUCCGAGGCCAAUACACAGGCCAGGAGUACUGUGUUCUGACCCCCAAGGCUGUCCCAAGAAGCAGUGCCCCGGUCUGCUGUCCCCACUGCCGACCCCCUAGGACAGAGGAUCCGGGUGAUGCUGUCACCAGGGACCCCCUGGGACCGUCUCGCAGUGAGACCUUGCGAUGUCCCCUGUGUAGUCGAGUUGGGUCCCCCUCUGAGGGGGAUGGCCCAGACUCAGCCACCUCUGCUCCAGAAAAGGCCGCCACCAUGAGAAACGCACCUUCAACGUCCAGCCCCAAGCAGAGGAGCAAGCGGACAGGGUCGCCGUCCCGGCCGCCCCCUGGACUGUGGUAUCUGGCUGCCGCGCCCUCGGCACCAGCCCCUCCUGCCUUUGCCUACAUCUCCUCGAUUCCCGUCCUGCCUUAUCCAUCAGCCACUGUGUACUACGCGCCACCGGCACCUACCUCAGCCCCCUCUGUCCGAGCAGCCGCUGAGUGGCCCCCCGCUGCCCACUCCCGGCCGGCCCGGGGGCCCCGGCACUCUGUCCAGCUGGACCUGAAGGACCUGGAGGAGCUCAACAAGGCCCUGAGUCGGGCGGUCGAAGCUGCCGAGAGCGUCCGCUCCACCACCCAGCACAUGAGCCGCUCGCUGUCGGCCGAGCUGCGCCAGGCCCGCGGCCUGCGGGGCUCCUGCCUCUUCUGACUGCGCUCGAGGCUCAGGGACACGCGGCGGGCAGGGGCCUGGCGGUCCCCUGUCGCCCCCCCGGCCCAGGCCAGAGGGCGCUGAGCCACUCCCAGAGGCCCCGCAGACCCUCACGAGGAAGGCUCCCUGCGCCCCGGGCCCGGCCUUCUCAGCCUCCGUGUUUCAAAACGAAAGGAGUGUCAGCGGGUGACUCAGAGGAGUCACUUCCUAGCCUUGAAGGAGGUUGAGGCUUGGACUGAGGCCACCCUCUGCCCAGACGCAUCUCUGGGAGGCCCCUGGCUUGCACGGGUCCAUCUCCAGCUAAUAAUAUGUAUUUUAUAUACGAUGGACAGGUUGUUUUUUUUUUUUAACUGAGGCAUUUUUUCUGGCCUUCAAUCCUUCUUAGGAGGCCAGAUAAGAGGGGACAGGGCCAGGGUCCCUGGUGAAAAUUUGUCCCCCACCUGUGACCAGCCACUCCAGAGUAGCUGUCUCUGGGAAGGAUGUGGCCGUGGACCUUCCUGCUGGUGACUAGUGGUCGGUCCAUGGGGUACUUUGAGGCCACUGGAAUAUCUUAGAAGCGCCCAGCUUCCCCAUGGUCAAGAGGCCUUUCCCACGGGCUUGCUGCAAUGGAGACACCCCAUAGGGGGCCCCAGAAAACCGUCCACCACGGUCCCCCCUCAGUACCUCAUGCCAAGACCCCUGGCUCUCCCCUCGGACCCCUGUGGCAUUGGGCCAGUGGCCAGCUUCCUGCCAGCUCCUGGUGUGUGCCCCUGAGGCCAGGCCUUCUGCUCCCCGACCCUGUAGCAGCUCAGACCUCAGCUUUUCUGAAAUGUGUGUGCAUCACUGAUAUUUGUAUAUGUGGGGCAUUAAAAAAAAAAUAUAUUUUCGUUAUGAGAGCAAAUAAAGAAGAGUGAAUAUUGAUCUUUAAAA